AAACAUACAGUCUGUCGUUUAUUAGCCUGUAGAAAUGAGGUUAGGAACAUUUAUUUUUCUUUUAACUUUCCUGUUUUUUGAGUGUUAUUCAUCUAAAAUUUUGAUUUUCAAUCCAAUUUUUGGAUUUAGCCAUGUCAAAUUUAUUAGCAAAAUGGCGGAUAUUAUCGCGGAUCAUGGUCAUCAUGUGACUUUAUUCCAACCAUAUCAUAUUGCUCUGAAAAACCUGGAUGGGUUGGUUAAAAACAAAAAUAUAGAAAUUUUAAACUACCACCCCACUCACUACGAAGAGUUGCUGAAGGCUGAACCACAAACUUUUUCAUUCUUUUGGGACUCUUAUUUGGUUGGAAAUCCAGUUAUUGGAGCAUUUCUGAUGCCGAAAUUGCUCGGUGGAGAGUUCAAAAAAACUGCAAUGGAGGUUCUCAGCGAUCAGAAAUUGAUUAACGAACUCAAAGAUCGAAAGUUCGAUUUAGUCAUUGCGGAAACUUUUGAGUUGACUGGAUUUUACCUCGCUCACCUUCUGGAUGUCCCAUGCAUUCCUAUGAUGUCAGCUGUCAGAUAUCCCAUUUUUAAUGAUCAGUUUGGUCAACCAUCAUUGCUUGGGCAUGUACCCCAAAUUGGGUCCGCAGUGGCGGGAGAAGCUGGAUUUUACGAUCGACUCAACGAUAUGUUCCGAUUCUUUUUUAUGGGAAUUUCUCAAGAGCAACUCAACAAAUAUCAAAAUUAUUUUAUCGAGGAAGCAAUUGGACGUCCUGUACCUUUCUGGAAGGAUCUAGUCAAACAGUCUCCAAUUUAUAUCACAAACUCGAAUCCAUAUUUGGACUAUGCGGUUCCUUCAACUGCAGCGAUAGUUCAAGUUGGCGGGAUUACAAUGGAUUUGAAAAAAUUGAAGCAAGUAGGGGAACUACCAGAGGAAUAUGAGAAUAUCUUGAAGGAGAGGGAAUCUACAGUUCUUAUAUCGUUUGGAUCUGUGAUUAGAUCAUAUGAAAUGCCUGAAAGUUUUAAAGCAGGACUUAUCAAGGUGUUCGAAUCACUCCCAGAUGUCACAUUUAUCUGGAAAUAUGAGAAAGAUGACCUGGAAUUCCAGAAGAGGCUCCCAAAGAAUGUUCAUUUAAAGAAAUGGAUUCCACAGCCUUCUUUGCUUGCUGACAAACGGGUAAAACUUUUUAUUACUCAUGGUGGGCUGGGAAGUACAAUGGAAGUAGCUUACACUGGAAAACCUGCAAUAGUUGUUCCAAUUUUCGGAGAUCAACAUCAUAAUGCCGUUAUGUUGGCAAGGCAUGGAGGAGCUGUGGCAUACGACAAGUUUGAUUUGAAAAAUGGAGAAAAGUUGACAGCAGUUGUUCAUGAAAUGAUAUCGAGCACCAAGUACCAAGAAAACGCGGAGGCUCUGCAACAUGUGCUAUUCAAUCAACCAAUUGAUCCAAAAAUGAAUUUUUUGAAUCACUUGGAUUUUGCAAUCAAGUUCCCAAAUCAUCGAGCUCAAGUUCCUGCUAUAAAUCAAUUAGGUUUUGUGGCACAUUAUUAUUUAGAUGUUCUACUGUUUUUGUUAGUUUCUUCAAUUGUUAUUACAUAUCUUGCCAUCAGCCUUCUUAAAAAGGUACUUGGAAAAUGUUUGACCAAAAAAACAAAAUCUGAUUAAAUGUUUUGAUCUCCUUAUCUGAUUGUGAUUUAAAAAAAGAUGAAAAAUAUGUUGUC